AUGGCAGCAGCAAAAUCCACCAAAAAGCGCGUCGCAUCAACAAACCCUGGUCCAGCUAAAAAGAAAGCUCAUUUGGACAAGUCCAUUGCCGAGAAACGAGUGCAGCGAAAAGUACCUGUAACCAAUGCACGAAUAGAGGAAGAGAGUGAAUCGUCGGAGGGGGAAGAGGACGAGGAUGAGGAAGAAGAAUGGGCAGGGACGGGUAGUGAUGGAGGUGACUUUGAAGACGUGGAAGAAGGUGAAGCAGAAUUUGAAGAUACAGAUGAGGAGGCGAAGGAGAAUAAGGAUGAUAUGGAUGUCGACCAUACAUCUAGUAAACCUUCGCGUGAAGACGGUAAAAGCUCACGAGAGGCACACAAGCUCCAAAAAGCAGUACAUCAAGAACGAAAAGCGGCGAAGCAACAUGCAGACGUGCUCGUUGCUGCAAAACCUCUAUGGGCGCGAGCGCGUCGGAAACAGGCAACUCCCGCUGAGCGGCAGAAAGAUAUUGAGGCGCUUAUGGAGGUUGUACGAGGACGAGUUCAAGAUGUGGUGUUUAAGCAUGAUGCGAGUCGGGUGGUGCAGACGCUCGUGAAGUAUGGGUCGCAGAGAGUAAGAGACGAGGUUGCUGCGGAGCUGAAGGGACGGUAUCGGGAUCUUGUACAGAAUAAAUACUCGAAGUUCCUAGUGACGAAACUUAUUCGACAAUGUCCAUCGCAUCGUACCUCUAUACUUCUUGAGUUCCGGGGACACGUCGUCCGCUUAUUGCUCCACCGAGAGGCAUCCAGCGUUCUCGCAGACGCGUUCGAACUUUAUUCUAAUGCCUUUGAGCGCUCUUUGCUCGUGCAUGACUUUUACGGAAAAGAGGUCGCGUUAUUUUCUCCUGCAAUUUCCAAGGGAGCAGCGGCGGACGAGAAGGAUAAAGCGGUACUGAAGAAAGGACUAGCAGGUGCGCUAGAGGGUGCCGAUACUGAACGAAGGAAACGCAUAUUAGCGGCCGUGAAGGAGAACCUAGAACUGAUAAUGAAUAAUCCGGAUAAGGGUGCAAUAUCGCAUGCAAUUUUCCAUCGGGCUCUAUUAGAGUAUCUUCUGCAGGUAAAUGAGCUUGAUGACGAGGCACUUCAAGAAAAGCUUCGACGAGAAAUCUUUGAAGCUUGCCAAGAACAGCUGGCUGAAAUGGUACACACGAAAGAUGGAAGUCGUGUUGUACGAGAAUUUAUCGCAUGGGGAACAGCGAAGGACCGAAAACAAGUUGUGAAGGUGUUGAAACCACACGUUGAACGAAUAUGCAAAGAUGAAGAAGCACAAAAUGUUCUGUUCACAGCGUUGGACGUUAUCGAUGACACGAAACUCACAGCCAAAUCGUUGGUUUCGGAGAUAACUUCACGCGCUAUGGACUUGUACAACUCCCCACAAGGUCGACGAGCUCUACUCUAUCUUCUCGUCCCCCGGGUAACUCGGCACUUUACACCCGCACAGUGUGCUUUACUUGCAGAAACGGAUUCUAUUCGAGCGAAGACUAGUAAAAAGGACGUGGCGGUGCGAAGGGAGGAGAUACUUAAAGCUGCUAGCCCUUCACUUAUUGCGUUACUUGAUGAAAGGAAUAAUGCGGAGACGUUGGUUCGGGAUCCGGGUGGGAGUCUGCUUGUUACGGAGGUUAUGUUGUAUGCGGAGGGUGAUAAGGCGAAGGCGACAGCAUCACUCAUUGCCUUGCUAAAUGAGCCUUACCCCUCAUCCGACUCUAGUAAACAGCAUGUCAUCGAUGUUCCACACUCAUCUCGCGUCUACAAAACCCUCUUACAAGGUGGCCAUUUCUCGCACUCCACACGUACUGUAGCGCGUGUCCCUGAAUCUGUGUUCUCACCUGCAAAAUUCGCCACGGCGUGGAUGAAAGAUGUCGAUAGGGAGCGUACCUGCGCGAUGGGACUUGGCGGUGGUACGUUCGUUAUUGCAGCUUUGGUGGAACGGCUUAACGAGGAAGGAGGGAAGGGAGAGAAGGACGCUUUGAAGAGCUGGUUUGGUGAGGGGUAUGUGAAGAGGUUAAGAGAGAGUGAGGUUAAGGGGAAGAAGGUGCUUCUGGAUGCUUUGGGUAGCUGAGACUAGUGCUGUACCGAUUUCCCUACCACAAUAUCCGUAAAACCUAUUUAAG